GGGAGAUUUCCCCAUCUGUUACCCGACUCAGCGAUUACCUCAAUAUUGCCACGAGGUAAACAACUGGCAUCACCACCAGUGGGUCCUUCCACUGCGCAACAAAUGGACGUCUUCUCGAAUUCCGUGGCCGCUGCCUCCGCCAUCACCGUGAUGCUCGGCGUCGUAGCGUGGCUGGCGUUCACCCGAACCAGCCCCCGAGGAGCUCCGCCUGUGGUGCCGUCGUGGGUGCCGUUCUUUGGCUCGACUCUGUCGUUUUCAAAGGACCCUGUGGCCUUCCUUCGCCAAUGCCAGGCUAAGUACGGAUCCGUCUUCAGCGUGUACCUGGCAGGCAAAACCAUGACGUUCUUCGUCUCGCCCAAGUCGUACUCGGCGCUGCUCAAGCACAAGUCGCUGAGUCACAAGCCAGCGUUCCAAGACAUCUCCCAGAAAGCGUUGGACCAAAGCGCCGCCUUUGCCCGCUACACCCAAGCCCUCCACCCGGACUCCCCCGUCGUUGACUACCACAAGCUCAUCCACCCCCACUUGCAACACUCGUCUGCCGUGGGGGGCCUCAUCGAACGCACCCUCGCCCAGCAGCGCCGCGUGCUUGGCCAAUUCGGUGCGUCGCAGCGGUUGUCGUUGCUGUCGUUUGUCGAGCGGUGUAUUUUUGAAUCCGGCACACGCGUGCUCUUGGGUGACUCGCUCGUGGAUGCCAACCCGACCCUGUGGCAGGCCUUUCACACGUUUGACCAGUCGUUUCCGCUGUUUGUAGCCGGCGUGCCCCCCCUGUUUCUCCCGUCAGCGGCGAAUGCUCGACGUAGCCUCGUGCAUGCCUUGGACGCCAAUACAGCGGCCGACGCCGCCGCCAUCAUCCAAAAGCGACUCGAGGCCGUCAAGACGACAUUUCCCGCUCACGUCGUGGCGCCGUACGAUGCCGCCAAGGAAUCGAUGGCGCUUCUCUGGGCGGCAAGUGCCAAUUCGAUUCCGACCACGUUUUGGUCGCUCUUUUACCUCCUCCAAAACCCCACCGCGUGGAACGCUGUUCGGGACGAAGUCCGAGGGCAUUUGGGGGUCGGCGACGUGUGGUCUGGGGACCAGCUGGGCAAGUGCGUCCUGCUCGCGAGCGCUGUGGACGAGGCGCUGCGGCUGAGUGCUUCGUCGUUGAUGAUGCGCGUGGCCACGGAAGAUGUCGAGUUGAAGCUGCCGGAUUCGCACGUGCAUUUGGCCAAGGGGUCGAAUGUGAUGAUCUUUCCAAGCUUGGGGCAUUUCGACGACGCUAUUUUCCCUCAAUCGAAAUCGUUUCAGUAUUUGUUACAUAUAUUUCUUUGACAUACUGUAUGUUGUGGGUCACGAGUACAAAUCAUGGUAGAGUUGAUCGAUUUGUACACGCCACGAGCGCUCAAGCCGAAGCGUUCAAGCCGUUUGGAAUGGGCGUGACCAUGUGCCCAGGUCGAAACUUUGCGAAAAAUCAAGUAAACUGUUCAUGUAUUCCUUUAUAUAACGGGGUUUUCCAAUGUAUGUACAUCAUGUCGUGCUUUUUUUGCGUCAGGUGAAGAUGUUUGUGGCAUUGGUCAUGCUGGAAACCAAACGCGUGGCCCUUGUUCCAGGCUACGUCGAGCCAGUACAUGACCCUACCCGGUUGGGAUUGGGGAUUCUCCCGCCCACGAACGCGGCCAUCGAAAUUGACUUGGAAGCGUAGACUCCUUGACACUAUUAAUACUAGUAGUUCACGUUUAACCACA